AUAAAUUAUUCUUUGUACUACUUUUGUGACUUUUGUAUUCAUGGUAUAAUUUAAACCAGAAUUUAUUAUUUUACAUUUUGUUUCAAUUGUUGUUCCUUUUAUUCUAAACGUUUUAUUAUUAGAAAAAAAUGUGUGUCUAGACAGUCGACGAGACGCAAUCAACAAAUUUUCAAUACAGUUAUGUAGAACCAAGUAGAACAUAUAAAAGAUUCCGCAGUUAAUUUCAUAAGAAUAAUAUUUAAAAAAUAAAUACACUCGAAGUUUAUAAAAAUGAAUGUCGUUCCAGGAACUGCAUCUCUUCUCGAGGAAUUAGACAAAAAACUAAUGGUCCUCUUGCGAGAUGGUAGAACUUUAAUCGGUUAUCUCAGGAGUGUUGAUCAGUUCGCAAAUUUAGUUUUACAUCGAACGAUCGAAAGAAUUCACGUUGGCAAAGAAUAUGGAGAUAUUCCACGAGGAGUUUUUAUAGUCAGAGGUGAAAAUGUGGUUCUUUUGGGAGAAAUCGACAGAGAUAAAGAGAAGGAUCUACCUCUCUCCGAAGUUUCGGUAGACGAUAUUCUCGAUGCGCAAAGAAGGGAGCAGGAAAUGAAACAAGAUCAAGAACGUUUGAUGAACAAAGCAUUAAAAGAACGAGGUCUUUCUUAUAUACCAGAUUUAGGUCACGAUGAUAUGUUUUAACAGUAAACUAAUUUUUCCCAUAUUAUUUUAAUUUAAAUUAACAUAAAUUUCCCCAACGUUUGUUAAUUCUUUCUCAAUUCCUCACAGCUAAGUUAAAUUAUUUUCUUUUAGUUAAUUAAGACACGUGAAAUUCAUCAACAACUUUAUAAAAUAAUUCUUGACAUGUGUAAAUAUACAUAAUUUUCUAUCGUUUAAUAAUAAUAAUUCUCUGCAAAA